AAUCAAUCACUCGAGAUCAAUGGGUCGACCAAAGUCUAGCUCACAGCCUGCAAAGCCUCAAGCUAAGUGGACCGAAGCCCAAACACACACCUUACUCAACUCCCUUCUAGACUUGAGUCAUGACAACGAUAGAUCCAACAACAACUUUCCGCCAACUGUUUGGGGAAAAGCUGUCAAAGAGUUGAAUGAUACUCAUGAAAUUGACCGUGACAUCACUCAAGAAAAGAAUCACUAUGGUACACUCAAGCGACAUUAUGGUUUGAUGCGCGAGCUUAAAGAAGGAUCAGGUUUGGGCUGGAGUGUAGAAAAAGACACUGUUGAUGGAGAUGAAGAAUUCUGGGCCGGUUGGGUUGCUGGACACAAAGGAUCGCAUAUCUUCAAAGAUCAUGGAUUCGAUUUCUACAAGGCCAUGGAUCUUCUUCUAGGUUCAACUCCGCUUUCUGGUGCAAAUCGAACAGGCACCAGUACCCAGAAUCGAAAACAAAAGUAUUCACUAACUGCCUCAGAGGAGGUGCUUGACAACAGCAAUGACGACGAAGAGCCUAUUGAUCGAGGUGAUAAAGGAAAAAAGAAAGUAGUUGAAUUGGCGGGUGACUCAUCUGAUGCAGACGAUACACUCCCACCACCACCACCACCACCACUUCCACCCAGGCCUGCCAAUCCUCCCAUACUGUCGAACUCGUCAGCUAGAGCAAAGACAGCUCCUUCGGCUGCAAAAAAGCCUUUCACUUCGGAUGCUACCAUCCCCAAACCCACCAACACAUCCUCUUCCAAGCCGAGUGGAUCUUAUAAGCCUCCAGUGAACUUGGCAAGCUCACUCAAGCUAGUCACUGAAAAUUCGACCCUCAAGACUCAAGCUUUAAUUGAAAAAGAAAAUCGAAAGGAUGCCCGAGCUGAUGCCCGCGCUGAUGCACUUGUCGAAGCAGCUCGAAUCAAGAGAGAAGCUCUCCACCCUCCACCUCCUCAACGAUAUCAACCUCAGGCUAUGGCUCGCUUCAAAGAACACAGUCAAGAGAAAUUCCCAGCUGUCUCCGAUCGUAUGGCUGCAGCUAAGAUCUUAAGAAACGAAGAAAAUGCCGAAUUCUUUUUAGAAUUAGAAGAUGAUCUUUGUUUUGCAUAUUUGCAAGAGACAAUUGAUGAAGAGAAGAAGAAAGAUCAAAAUCAAUGAGAUCGAUCAAAAUCAAAUUUAUCAUUACAAAUUUAUCAUUACAAAUUUAUCAUUACAAAAUACUAUUUUGCUUAAAUGCUAUUGUAUUUAAACUACUAUUGUUCUUAUGCUAUUCUACAUUGUUAAAGUUAUUGUAGAUUCUCAAAGUUGUGAUUUUUCUUAUCCCUUGUCCUAGUUUGAAAUAAAUAUGUUAUUCAGUGCAU